AUGGCUACCAGCUCGCGUCGCCCCAACCUCAAUUCGCGCCAAACAGUUCUACCAUUUCCCGCGUUGGGCUCGCCGAAGCCGACGCGUUCAACGACUGGAGGCACUUUUUCGCGAUCUGGGUCGUCGACAUCUAUCAAGCGAGCCCGUUCACCCGACCACCGUGACACCCACGACAUCCACCCUAAACGUCUCAAGCCCGUGCCGCCUUCCCCGACGAAACGUCAGCCCUCAGCACACGCGCAAACUUCUGGCCAACCACCUCUGACUUUCAGCCCGAAGGCUAAUGCAUCUCGCGAACGUGAGGAGGCUAAGCGGAGGGAACAGAAGCGUGCAGAAAGGGAAGCUCAGAAGGAGGAGUUCAAGGUGAAGUAUACGAGGGCGUUUCCUGGGUGGACUUUCCAUAUCGACGACGAUGUGUUUGGCCCGGAGGAGUCGUUGGCGAAGAAGAGAAUUGAAGAUCGGUUGACUAGGCUUGGGGCGAACAUCGAGGAUUUCUUCUGCAAAGAAAUAACACACUUGAUCACCAACAAACCUCUCCCCUCCGAAGAGCUCAACCUCACGAACAAAGAGAACGUCUCAAAGUCCCGUAUCCUCAAAAGCCCAAUGCGCCCUCGAGGCAGACCCGGCGAAGAUGCCGUGCCACCACCGAGUUACGAGAACAACAUCGUACGCAAAGCCCAGAACUUCAACAUGAAAAUCUGGAGCAUCGCCAAGCUCGAAUCCGUCCUCGAUCGCUGCCUCGACACCUCCACGUCCGCCGCCGUCACCGCCGUCACAUCCACAUCCCGUCUCCCCGCCCCCUCCCUCCUCACCAGUGCCUCUGCAAGUACCUCCGUCCCUACGCGCACCCUCGCCCGCAAUCUUGAAUACGAACGUCUGCACGGCACGACCGAACGCGAUCCGCGCGAGAAACGCCAUAAUUACCGAUACUUCACGAAGGGGAGUUAUUUCGUGUUGGUGGAGGAUCUGUGGCAGGAGAUGGCGACGAUUAAUGCGAUCGAGUAUCCGGUUCAUAAGAGGAAGGAGGAUGGGAGGGAAGAAGGGGCGUGGCCUGUGCUUUAUUGUCAUCCGAAGGCGAGGAGUCCGUUUAUUGAGUAUGAUGAACGAGAAGCGAGGAGGGUCGUGAGGAACGAGAGACAGGAGAAGGAGAGGGACGAGGAGAGGAAGAGGAGGAUCGCGAAGGUGAAGGAGAGGGAGAGACAGAUGAAGAGGGACGAGAGCAUGAGGUUGAGGGAGGAGGAGGCUAUGAGGGCGAAGGCCAGAGAAGAGAAGGAGAGGGAGAAGGAGAUGAUGACUAAAGGGAGUGAUUUGAGGAGAACGAUGUCGAUGGUCCAGCUGAGGAAGAGGGCUUCCCUGGGAGCUCCAGGCGAGUCAGGCAUUCACGGCCUCGGAUUCGGGGCGGAGGAUGGAGAUGUGGACUUGAUGGAGUCGGCUAAUGCGUCUGGGUAUAUCGGGAGCGGAGCGUACAUGGCGGCUUCGGGCAACAGCGUCGCUAUCACUUCCACAGUCGGGACCACCUCAACUGCUGGUGGGAUGAGCCACGGCAGUGGUCUUGGAAGGAAUACGGCUCUGCUGCACCCAAGCCUGCGGAAGGGAAUCCAGCAACACGUCGUCACUUCGCGCAAGGUCAACCCUGGUACAGAGGACCAACCGGGCGGAGUCCGAAAGGGCACGAUGGGUCCACCAGAGGCUAUUCCAGAGAGGAAGAUGCUGAGGAAAAGCAAGUCUACCAACACGCUGAAGUUGCCGAAAAGGGAGGAGGGGUCGAAGCCUGGAUAUUGCGAGUGCUGCAAGGCGAAGUUUACCGACUUUGCCGACCACAUCGUCAGCCGCAAACAUCGCAAAUUCGCCCAGGACGACAACAACUUCCUCCAGCUCGACGAAGUCCUCUCGCGCGUCCGCCGUCAAACCCGCGCCGAAGUCGCAGCGUCCGAGGCCGACGCGCUCUUUUCUCCUCCAUACGAGGAAGAAGACGCGUACGCGUACGAGGACGAAGACGAAGACAACAGCUCCGGACACUCGGCGGCGCCUGAUUCCCAAGAAGUCAGCCCGAUCGUGGUUAGUCUGGACGAGGAGAUGGAUAAUGAGGAGGUUGAGAAGGUUAUGGAGUAUGAGAAGGGUCAUGGACAGGGUCAUCAUGUGAGGUCGAGCGAGGAGGUGGCGGAUUAUUUGCCGAUUGGGAAGGGCUUGGAGGAUGAGGAAGAGCAAGAAGAGCAAGAGGUUGUUGAUAUCGAGGUGGAUGAUGAGGAAGAGGAGGUUGAGGUUGUUGGGGACGAAGAAGAUGUCGAGGUGGCUGGAACGGAAGAAGCAGAAGAACAGCAGCAGCAGCAGAAUAUGAUCAACCUCGACUCUGACGACUCUGACGACGAGUGGAUGUAAGACGUUGGAUCGAUAUCCCAGUCUUGCGAGGUGGCGGCACAGCAUCAUGUGGCGUUUCGCAGUGAAGAUGCCGGUGGUACGUAGCAUCAAAGGAUGGGAGUGGGCCAUUGGUUUCGUCGACGUCGCAUUUCGUUUGGUUUGGUCUGUCUUUCAAACUCACUGCAUCGCAACCUCUUUUUUUCUUGCAAUUGGUGUCGUCGUCGUCGUCGUCCUGUUGAAGUUCCGUUCGCAUUGUAUUUUUCACAUUCCUUUGUCUUUUUUUCUGUUUCUUUUUACAUCCAGGAAGUCUAUGCACCGUUGCACGUCUAGCACAUACCCGUAUGAUCACGAUCGGUAUCAAAUUCAGCCCCCUCUUCCUGUUCUCGUUCUCGUUCUCGUUCCGUUGUAUUCAAAAUUCACCUUCUAGACUUGCGUCCUAUACGAGUAAGUAUCCCAGCCCCCUCCCCUUCUCCCCUUCUUCCAUCCACCAUGCCAUUGUGUUUGCUCCUCUUCCUUCCCCCCCUCCCCAAAGUUCUCUUCCUCGCCAAACGUGAAUCGCCCACUGCUCAGCUAAGCUUAAGUUACGGUAAUGUUAUGAAUGAACCCUGCC